GGGUGGAGGGCAUUGCAUAGUACUGGCCCGAUUGGAGUUUUUCGAGAGUUUGAAGCUCUUGUGUGUUUGAACGGCGUGAGAAGCGCUCCGCUGAGAGAUCUUCGCACGCCCCGGCCAGGCCCGGCCUUGCACGGAGCCGCCUUUGGCGCGCGCUUAUAGUCCCCCGAGCGAGGCUGCGCAUGUCACCUUGCGCGCGUCCCCGGCCUCACUUCCGCGUCGCGCAGUGAAGUAGCUGGUAACAUCGACGCCAGAGAGAGCGGCCACGAGGCGGGCGGGGUGAGAAGCGCCCUUGGCACGGCCAUGUCCUCGCGUGCGUGGGGUGCUCUACCGCAUGGUGCGAUCCAUGUGACGACUUCCAGCUCAAUACAAGCUCUAGGUCGAGAAUCGUGCUUAUGCGCUUUGCAUUUUUGAACCCACACUCGGGGUCUCAAAACUCCGAGGGAAGACGGUACUGACGUCGCUUCUGUAAGGAGCUGAGUGCAGCGUUUUGACACCUGUACAGACGCUUCUUUUAGCAUGUAAUUUCCGGGCAAAUUAUUUGAGGCGGGACCGUGAGUUUAAUAAAGAAGGAGGGCGAGGAAGUGAGCUCUACAUAUUGAGUGGGAACUUGGUAAACAAAGGACUAGAGGUUUCCAAGUGCAGAAAUGACGGCAGGGAAAACAGGAUGAGAAGGCCAUUGUGACUAUGUGGUAACUAGUUGUCUUACUGCUGAGUUUCUCACUGGAAUCAUGGAGGAGAAACAGCAGAUCAUAUUGGCUAAUCAGGAUGGUGGGACAAUGGCAGGAGCAGCACCUACCUUCUUUGUCAUUCUAAAGCAGCCGGGAAAUGGCAAAACUGAUCAAGGAAUUUUGGUUACUAAUCGGGAUGCCUGUGCUUUGGCUGGCAGUGUGUCCUCGCCAGAAAAAUCUAAAGGGAAGAUUUGCCUUCCAGCUGAUUGUACUGUGGGAGGAAUCACUGUCACUCUGGAUAACAAUAGUAUGUGGAACGAGUUCUAUCAUCGAAGCACAGAGAUGAUUCUGACCAAGCAGGGAAGACGCAUGUUUCCUUACUGUCGUUAUUGGAUAACAGGUUUAGAUUCAAAUUUGAAGUAUAUCCUUGUAAUGGAUAUAUCUCCUGUGGACAACCAUCGUUAUAAAUGGAAUGGUCGUUGGUGGGAACCCAGUGGAAAGGCUGAGCCCCAUGUCUUGGGGAGGGUUUUUAUUCAUCCAGAAUCUCCUUCCACGGGUCAUUAUUGGAUGCAUCAACCAGUAUCUUUCUAUAAACUCAAACUUACCAACAAUACACUGGACCAAGAAGGGCAUAUCAUCUUGCACUCUAUGCAUCGCUACCUGCCGAGGCUUCAUUUGGUGCCUGCAGAAAAGGCUACUGAAGUGAUACAGUUAAAUGGCCCUGGUGUCCACACUUUUACCUUCCCACAGACUGAAUUUUUUGCAGUAACGGCUUAUCAGAACAUUCAGAUUACCCAGCUGAAAAUAGAUUACAAUCCAUUUGCCAAAGGCUUCCGGGAUGAUGGAUUGAAUAGUAAGCCCCAGAGAGAUGGAAAACAGAAGAAUAGCUCUGACCACGAAGGGAAUAGUGUACCCAGUUCUCCGGGUCAUCGGGUUCGUGUUACAGAAGGUGAGGGGUCAGAGAUACAGCCAAGUGAUCUGGAUCCUGUAUUGAGAGGUCAUGAAACAUCAGGCAAGGAUUUGGAGAAGCCUUCCCUUAAUAUAAAACAAGACUUGCUUGGUUUCAUGGAUACCGAUUCAGCACCGGAAGUUACUCAGUUGAAGCAAGAGGUUUCUGAAAGUCUUGUUGCCAACAGUUUUGAAGACAGCUCCCAUGUAGCCUCACCACUAGAUCUGAAUGGACCCUUAAAUGUUGUCAUUAAAGAGGAACCUCUGGAUGAUUAUGACUAUGAACUUGGUGAGUGCCCAGAAGGGGUCACUGUGAAACAGGAAGAGACAGAUGAGGAAACGGAUGUAUACUCAAACAGUGAUGAUGAUCCCAUACUAGAGAAACAGCUAAAGAGGCACAAUAAAGUUGAUAAUCUAGAAGCUGACCAUCCGUCUUCUAAAUGGCUACCAAGCAGCCCAUCAGGUGUUGCUAAAGCUAAAAUGUUCAAAUUAGACACUGGAAAGAUGCCAGUAGUCUAUCUGGAGCCCUGUGCUGUCACCAAAAGCACAGUGAAGGUUUCUGAGCUGCCUGAUAACAUGCUUUCCACAUCUCAGAAGGAUACGUCUUCCGUGUUGGCAGAAUUAGACUAUUUGCCUACGUACGUUGAAAAUUCCAAUGGGACUGGCUUCUGCUUAGGCAAGGAAUCAGAUAAUGGUUUUAGAAAAUACUCACCGGAUUUCAGAGUGAUACAAAAAUACCCCUUAUUUAAAGAGCCUCAGUGGAAAUAUCCUGAUAUAUCUGACAGCAUUAGCACAGAAGGAACAUACGAUAACAGUUCGAAGGGUUCGUCUGGGGAUUCAUUCUCGGGAAAAGAGGACUUAAGCAGAAAGAGAACAACUAUGCUUAAGAUUGCAACAGCCCCGAAGUCUGUGAAUGCUAGUCAGAAUACCUCUUCAAAUAUACCUGGGAAAAGAGGGAGGCCACGGAAAUUGAAACUCUCUAAGGCAGGGCGACCACCUAAAAACACUGGGAAGUCUUUAACUUCUACAAAGAAUACCCCUGUGGGCCCUGGGAGUACCUUUCCAGAUGUGAAACCUGAUCUGGAAGAUGUGGAUGGUGUUCUGUUUGUUUCCUUUGAAUCGAAGGAGGCUCUAGACAUUCAUGCAGUUGAUCGGCCAACAGAAGAACCCUCUAGUCUUCAGGCAUCAACCACAAAUGAUUCAGGUUGCAGAACAAGAAUUUCCCAAUUAGAAAAGGAAUUGAUAGAAGAUUUGAAGUCCUUGCGUCACAAGCAGGUGAUACAUCCUGGUCUUCAAGAAGUGGGCCUAAAGUUGAAUUCAGUGGAUCCAACAGUGAGCAUUGAUCUUAAGUACUUGGGAGUACAGCUACCUUUGGCUCCAGCCACUAGCUUUCCUUUCUGGAACCUUACAGGAACCAACCCUGCCUCUCCUGAUGCUGGCUUUCCCUUUGUUUCUAGAACAGGGAAGACCAAUGAUUUCACCAAAAUCAAGGGAUGGAGGGGAAAGUUUCAUAGUGCUUCUGCAGCUAGGAGUGAAGGAGGCAAUUCUGAAGGUUCACUGAAAAACCGUUCUGCUUUCUGUAGUGACAAGCUAGAUGAAUAUUUGGAAAACGAAGGCAAGCUGAUGGAAACAAGCAUGGAUUUCUCUUCCAGCGCUCCCACAUCUCCUGUGGUAUACCAGCUUCCCACCAAGAGUACCAGCUAUGUACGAACACUUGAUAGUGUACUAAAGAAGCAAUCUACCAUUUCCCCUUCUACCUCUUACUCUUUGAAGCCUCAUUCUGUACCCCCUCCUUCUCGAAAGGCGAAGUCUCAAAACAAACAGGCAAAUUUCAGUGGCCGAACUAAAUCAGCUUAUAAAUCCAUCUUACCAUACCCUGUUUCACCAAAACAAAAACACUCUCAUGUGAUUCCAGCAGAUAGGGUUACCAAGAAUUCUUCAAGCACGAUCUCAGAAAACCAGGUGAAUAACUUUGUUAUGCCAACUUCAGAGGAAAAUGUUUUCCCAAAGCAGAUUAGUCUGCGGCAGGCACACCAACAACAGCAGCAGCUUCAGGGAACUCGACCUCCAGGCUUGUCUAAAUCUCAGGUGAAGCUAAUGGACCUGGAGGACUGUGCACUUUGGGAAGGAAAACCAAGAACCUACAUCACCGAAGAGCGAGCAGAUGUAUCCUUAACAACUCUGCUCACGGCUCAAGCGUCUCUCAAAACUAAACCUAUCCACACGAUCAUAAGGAAACGCGCUCCUCCCUGCAACAACGAUUUCUGCCGACUUGGUUGUGUAUGUUCCAGUCUAGCUCUGGAGAAGCGCCAGCCUGCCCACUGCCGCCGACCAGACUGCAUGUUUGGCUGCACUUGUUUGAAAAGAAAAGUUGUCCUUGUUAAAGGGGGAUCCAAAACUAAGCAUUUCCAGAGGAAAGCUGUUCAUCGAGAUGCAGUGGUUUAUGAUGCUCUGGGAGAGGAGCCAAGGGAAGAAGGGGAGGAGGGCGGCAGGGAGGAGGAGGAACUCUUGAAAGAGAAGAAGAAGAGAAAGAAGCUAGAAUACACUAUAUGUGAAACAGAGCCUGAACAGCCCAUCCGACAUUACCCAUUAUGGGUGAAAGUAGAAGGUGAAGUAGAUCCAGAGCCAGUUUAUAUUCCAACUCCCUCUGUCAUUGAGCCCAUGAAACCAUUGUUGUUGCAUCAGCCAGAAGUUUUAUCUACUACUGUGAAGGGCAAACUGCUCCCUGGAAUUAAAGCUGCAAGGCCCUAUACUCCCAAACCCAAUCCUGUGAUUCGGGAAGAGGACAAAGAUCCAGUCUACUUGUACUUCGAAAGUAUGAUGACUUGUGCCCGAGUUCGAGUGUAUGAACGAAAAAAGGAAGACCGGAGACAACCAUCCCCAUCCCCAUCCCCAUCCCCAUUAUUUCAGCAGCAGAGCUCAUGCCAUUCUAGUCCUGAGAACCGUAGUGCAAAGGAACCUGAUUCUGAGCAGCAGCCCUUGAAACAAGUCACCUGUGACCCGGAGAAUGAUUCUGAUAAAUCACAAGAAAAGAGCUGGAAGUCUUCCUGCAAUGAGGGGGAAUCGUCUUCUACCUCCUAUGUGCAUCAGAGGUCACCUGGUGGUCCCACCAAACUGAUAGAAAUCAUCUCAGACUGCAACUGGGAGGAGGAUCGGAACAAGAUUUUGAGCAUCUUAUCCCAGCACAUCAAUAGCAACAUGCCACAGUCACUUAAGGUGGGCAGCUUCAUCAUUGAGUUGGCUUCUCAGCGAAAGAGCCGGGGCGAGAAGAACCCUCCUGUUUAUUCUUCUCGUGUGAAAAUCUCUAUGCCAUCAUGUCAAGACCAAGAUGAUAUGGCUGAGAAAUCUGAAUCAGAGACUCCUGAUGGUCCAUUAUCCCUUGGGAAAAUGGAUGAUCUCACUUCUAUGCAGACAGAUGCCUUGGAUUCAGUGAGGGAAAGAUUGCAUGGAGGCAAAGGUCUGCCUUUUUAUGCAGGGCUUUCUCCUGCAGGGAAGCUUGUGGCCUAUAAACGUAAACCCAGUUCAAGCACAUCUGGGCUUAUCCAGGUUAAUGGUAAGAGUUACCCGCAGGCUAAGUUGCUAUUGGGACAGAUGGGGGCAUUGCAUCCAGCCAAUAGGCUAGCUGCUUAUAUCACAGGCAGGUUGCGACCCUCAGUCCUGGACCUCUCAACCCUCAGUACUGUCAUCUCCAAGGUAGCAUCCAAUGCCAACGUGGCUGCAUCCAGGAAACCACGCACCCUGUUGCCUUCAACAUCCACUUCCAAAACGACAUCCUCCUCGAGCACUACAUCAAAUCGCCCUGGGAAGAAUCUGAAGGCGUUUGUCCCAGCAAAAAGGCCAAUUGCGGCUCGACCCUCUCCUGGUGGUGUGUUCACACAGUUUGUGAUGAGUAAAGUUGGAGCCCUACAGCAGAAGAUACCUGGAGUUAGCACACCCCAACCCCUGACAGGGCCACAGAAGUUCAGUAUCAGACCUUCUCCAGUAAUGGUCGUCACACCUGUGGUUUCUUCUGAGCCAGUUCAGGUGUGCAGCCCUGUGACUGCUGCUGUCACUACUACCACCCCUCAAGUGUUUUUAGAAAACGUUACUUCUGUGACACCUAUGACUGCUAUUUCUGACAUGGGAACUAAAGAUAAAGAAACUACUUACUCUUCUGGUGCCACCACUGCAGGGGCUGUUGAGGUCUCUGAAACUAAUACCAGGACCCCUAUAACACCUACCCAGUCUACAGCCACUGUGAACCUUACCAAAACUACGGGGAUAGCUCCCCCUGUGGCUUCAAUUGCUUUUCCUAAGUCUUUGGUAGCAUCUUCUCCAACCAUAACUCUUCCUGUUGCUUCCACUGCCUCCACCUCCAUAGUCGUGGUGACCACAGCUGCAUCUUCCUCCAUGGUGACCACACCAACUUCAUCUCUGGGCUCUGUUCCUAUUAUACUCUCGGGAAUUAAUGGGAGUCCACCAGUGAGCCAGAGACCAGAAAAUGCCCCUCAGAUUCCAGUGGCUGCUCCACAGGUGUCUCCUAACACACUGAAACGUACUGGACCUCGAUUAUUGUUGAUUCCAGUGCAGCAGGGCUCUCCUACCCUUAGACCUGUCCCAAACACACAGCUUCAGGGACAGCGGAUGGUCUUGCAGCCUGUUAGGAGCCCGAGUGGAAUGAACCUGUUCAGGCACCCUAAUGGGCAGAUUGUCCAGCUUCUCCCUCUGCAUCAGCUUCGAGGCUCUAAUACCCAGCCCAGCUUACAGCCUGUCAUGUUUCGGAGCCCAGGGUCUGUGGUGGGAAUCCGGCUACCUGCUCCUUCCAAACCUUCUGAGACGCCACCAUCUUCCGCUUCGUCGUCUGCUUUCUCUGUUGUGAACCCAGUGAUUCAGGCUGUCGGGUCUUCUCCAGCGGUGAAUGUUAUCACUCAGGCACCGUCAUUGCUUUCCUCUGGAUCUAGCUUUGUGUCUCAGGCUGGUACUUUGACCCUGAGGAUUUCCCCUCCUGAACCACAAAGCUUUGCAAGUAAAACAGGCUCUGAAACCAAAAUAACCUACAGCUCAGGAGGGCAGCCUGUUGGUACAGCCAGUCUUAUUCCUCUCCAGUCUGGCAGUUUUGCCUUGUUGCAGCUCCCAGGACAAAAACCCGUUCCCAGCUCCAUUCUUCAACAUGUUGCUUCCCUGCAGAUGAAGAGAGAAUCCCAGAAUGCAGAUCAGAAAAACGAAACAAGCUCUUUAAGAGACCAGGAAACUAAGAAGGCUGUGCAGUCAGAAGAAGAUGCUAUCGACCCUGAGGCUAAUACAGUAAGCCAAAACCCAGGAACUACUGCCUCAGAAGAAACCCUGAAUAAUCCCUUGGAAGAUGGGGGUGAUCAUUUUGAUGAAGAAUCUGUUACAGAAGAAGAUUCGACAGCUGCCGCGCCUUCUGAGCACUCCUGUAUCACUGGGUCACACCCAGAUGAAGACUAUAGGGAUGUCAGUGAAGAGUGCGGGCCUAGAAAUCAUAACAGUUCCAAAGAAAAACAGACUGUUCUAGAAGCUAAGACCAUUUCUGAAAAAGCCAGUAGUAUGACAGCCCAAAGUGAAAGUAAUACACAGCUUAAAAAACUCGGUGGUGUGAAGGUGGAACAGCAGAACAUACUAGACAGUCCAGAGGAAAAAUCCAGUGAAUUUCUAAUCCUCUCUAAGGAAGAAAGUAAACUUGAAUUAUCAGGGAGCAAGGUUGUGGAGCAGCAGUUUCAUCCACAACCAGAGGCCAAGGAGAAGGGAUGUGGAAACUCUGUGGAGAAGGACAGUAUUAGAGAGAGAUGGAGAAAGCACCUGAAGGGCCCUUUGACCCGGAAAUGUGUUGCAGUUUCACCAGAAUGUAAGAAAGAGGCAGAUGACCAGUUAAUUAAAGAAACAAAGACAUGUCAGGAAAAUUCAAAUGCGUUUCAACAAGAGCAAGGCACCUCUGAUUUGCUUGGGAAAAGUGGAACUACUGAGGAUUCCAGAGUUUUAAAAACUGAAUGUGAUUCUUGGAGUAGGAUUUCUGAUCCUACAGCCUUUUCCAUUGUUCCGAGGCGAGCUACAAAAGGCAGCAGAGGGGAUGGUGGACAUUUUCAGGGUCACUUACUGCUACCAGGAGAGCACCUACAACCAAAGCAAGAGAAGAAGGGUGGGAGAAGCAGUACUGACUUCACUGUGUUGGAUUUGGAAGAGGAGGAUGAGGAAGAGGAGAAUGAGAAAACCGAUGAUUCUAUUGAUGAGAUUGUGGAUGUUGUUUCUGACUACCAGAGUGAGGAGGUUGAUGAUGUAGAAAAGAAUCACUGUGUAGACUACCUUGAGGAUGACGAAGAGCAGGUAGACAUUGAGACUGUGGAAGACUUCUCAGAGGAAAUUAUUGUCCACAUGAAGACCGCAGCUGCCCGUUUACUGUCUUCCAAACAGCCGUGUCAUACCCAUGUCUCUGCAGAUGAAAAAGCUGCUGAAAGGAGUCGAAAGGCCCCACCAAUUCCUCUCAAACUGAAGCCUGAUUACUGGAAUGAAAAGCUACAGAAGGAAGCAGAAGCUUUUGCUUAUUAUCGCCGGACACAUACUGCAAAUGAGCGGAGGCGGCGUGGUGAAAUGAGGGAUCUCUUUGAGAAAUUGAAGAUCACGUUGGGAUUACUUCAUUCUUCCAAGGUUUCCAAAAGUCUCAUUCUCACUCGGGCAUUCAGUGAAAUUCAGGGACUGACAGAUCAGGCAGACAAGUUGAUAGGACAGAAGAACCUUCUGACUCGAAAACGGAAUAUUUUGAUACGGAAGGUAUCGUCUCUUUCAGGUAAGACAGAAGAAGUGGUCCUGAAGAAGCUAGAGUAUAUAUAUGCCAAACAGCAGGCACUAGAGGCACAAAAAAGAAAAAAGAAGAUGGGAUCAGAUGAGUUUGCUGUGUCUCCGAGAACUAACAAACAACAGGAAGGAUCUUCUACAUCAUCUGUAGAUCUCGGACAGAUGUUUAUAAAUAACAGGAGGGGGAAACCUUUGAUUCUUGCCAGAAAAAGAGACCAAGCCACAGAAAAUACCUCGCCCUCUAACACUCCACACACCUCUGCCAACCUCGUGAUGACUCCGCAAGGGCAAUUGCUCACCUUAAAAGGCCCCCUAUUCUCAGGACCGGUGGUAACUGUUUCUCCUGCUCUCUUAGAAGCAGAUCUGAAGCCUCAAGUUGCCAGCAAUGCUGUGGCUCAGUCAGAAAAUGAUGACUUAUUUAUGAUGCCAAGAAUUGUUAAUGUGACAUCAUUGGCCACAGAGGAAGGUUUGGUAGAUAUGAGUGGCAGCAAAUAUCCUCAUGAAGUUCCUGACAGCAAGCCCCCAGACCACCUGAGAGACACCAUCAGAAGUGAAGAUAACUCCUUUGAAGAUUCGGGCAGAAUCUCUUCUAGAGGCAACCACAGAGAUGGCAGAAUGGCGCUGAGUCCAACACAUGUUUUUCUGGCGAAUAAAGAUUCUGGUUUUCCGCAAAUAAUUGAUGUUUCCAGUAUUCAGGAAGCACAGGAGCUCUUACCUAAAAAGAUUUCUGGCGAUAUAAGAGGGAUCCAGCACAAAUGGAAAGAGAAUGAAUCAAGAGGAGGGAGACUGAAGCCAAAAGAGUCUCUGUUUCAUAAAUUAAAGAUGAAAGAUCUUAAGGACUCAAGCAUGGAGCUGCAGCUGAGAAACGUUGCAUCUGCCAUAGAGGAGGCGGCACUGGAUCCCAGUGAACUGCUGACUAACAUGGAGGAUGAGGAUGACACUGACGAGACCCUGACUUCACUGCUCAGUGAGAUUGCCUUUCUUAAUCAACAGCUAAACGAUGACUCUGUUGGCAUGGCUGAGCUGCCCAGCCCUGUGGGUACAGAGUUCCCAGGGGAUGCUCGACGGGCCUUUAUCAGUAAGCUUCCUCCUGGGAACAGAGGAACUUUCCAGGUUGACCACUUGGGAACUGGUUUGAAAGAGUCGCCUGAUGUACAAGGAGGGAGUGACCCCAUCAGCCCCCUCCUCUUGCACUUGGAAGAUGAUGACCUUUCUGAGAGUGAAAAACAGCUGGCAGAAGCAGCCUCUGAGACAGAUGUACUUAAGAUUGUCAUUGACCCCGAGAUAAAGGAUUCCCUUGUUUCCCACAGGAAAGCCAGUGAUGGCGGGAAGAAUACGUCCAGCCUCCCUACAGAGCCUGAAAGUGUGUCCUCACCCCCCCUCCUGCACAUGAAGACUGGCCUGGAGAACAGCAGCGCAGAGGCUUUGUGGAGGCCUAUGCCAAAGCUGGCACCUCUGGGCUUAAAAGUAGCUAAUCCUUCCAGUGAGGCAGAUGGUCAGAGUCUCAAAGUGAUGCCUUGUUUGGCACCUGUAGCUGCCAAAAUUGGGUCAGCUGGACACAAAACGAACUUAGCAGGGAAUGACCAGGAAGGCCGGGAGAGCAAGGUGAUGCCCACACUGGCUCCUGUUGUGUCUAAAUUGGGCACCUCUGGAGCCUCACCAAGUUCUGCAGGGAAAUGAACUUAUUUGUCCUCAGGCAGAAGCCAGGCUGUGAGAGGAAAUUGAAUCUCACCUCCUUUCUCUGCAGGCAUCUGUUUGUGUCAUGGAGCUGUGAUCCUUGACUUUGAGGAUGCAGUGGAUAAUGAUGGAGAAAGGGGGUAGGGUGCUGAUCCCAGUGUAAGAAAUUACUGCUAUGAAAUUCUGAUCAUGUUAAAAUGUGUUACCUCACUUGUGGUGCUGGGUCCCCUCAUCCUCUCUAUGAAGAUGUGAUCCAUUACUGAACACGAGGUGCCCCUCCUACCCAAGCAAUUGAUAACAAGACUCCCAGUCCAUACAGUGGUCCCUAGUUCUUCCCUCCCGGGGAAAAAGCUGCUUGAGACUUUGGAGUUGUUAUGGACUGAACUAUAGCUGAUAGCUGUAGGGCUGUUUAAAUCUGCAAUCCAAGGAAUGUGAUGUGCUUGUGCAAAGGGAUCCAGAAGAGAGAGUUUUUUGGUUGGUGUUUCAAGCAUAGGGACAGGUAGUAUGGGUACCAUGGAAUACCAAAGCGAAGGACUUUGUCAUUCAGCAAAAUUUUUUCUAUUCUUUUUUAUCCCAAGUAGCUUCCAUUCUCUCACUAUUUCAGUUAGAAUUAUAAAUUCAAGUUGUCUGGUAAAAUAGGGGUACUUCUAAUGUUUACCAUUAAGCUGUUUUGAGAAGUUAAAAAAAAAAAAACAGUUCUCCCUUAUUCUCAACCCUCACAAGGAUUUUGAAAAGACCAUUUCACAGUGCCAGGGAUUUCUACUGGGAAUGUUUAUCUUGGAGGUAGACAUGGAGGGAGCCCUCCCCCUUUCACAAAUCACGUCACUUAAGAGACAGCUCAAAUGAAAGCGUCCCCCUCACCCCCAGACCAGAGGCAGUGGCCAAAAUAAUAAAUUGUGGGGCUGGAUAUUUCCCAAGUCAAACCAGCCUCCUGGUGCUUGAAGGUUUGACUCGCUGUUACCUGCACAGGAUGUAAAGAAAAGUCACAUUGGGCACUCUACCAGGGAAGUAAGGCAGUAUUUGAAUCACAAGAUCUAUUUUGUAUUACUUGCUACCAUGGAUUCAGUGAUCUGUAGAGCUUUUUCACCCAUUUUCUGUCAGAGUAUGAAGGACUGACAGUCUGUAAAGAUAUUUAUAUUUUUGUAUAGUUGUUUUCAUAGAUUUCUCAAAGGCUGAAGUUCUCAGCCUCAAAGAUGAGAUUUGUAUUGAGUAUAGAAAUGAUGUUUCCUAUCUAGUUUGUAAAUAAUCAUGGUGCACUUGAGGGGUCUCUUGGAAACUCCUGGGGGCAAGAAUCACUAUUCUGAAACUGUAUAGACUGGGAUUUAGCUGCUGCAUUUUGCCUUUCUUAAAUAAUUAUAUUUUGGAAUGUAAUCCCUGUUCUGUCUUCAUUGACAGGAUUUGCUUGUGUUGUGAAACGCUUAACACAAGAGCUUCCAGUGCCUGGGCUGUGCCUAGGUGAUGUUAUUUCCUCUACAUCAUCCCCUGCCUUCUUUAUCCCAAAUCCACUCAGCAUACCUUCAGACCUAGGUUGUGAGACCAACUUUGGAAAGGUUCUAGCCAGUGAUUUAUUAUUAACGCUUCCAUGGUGGGUUCCCUUGCUGUUAAGUUGGCAAUGAACAGAUUGAAAGGAUGAGGAAACCGCUUUCUCUGCAGACUGCAGUGGGAGCAGAUUGAAAGGAUGAGGAAAUCGCUUUCUCUGCAGACUGCAGUUGGAGCAGAUUGAAAGGAUGAGGAAACCGCUUUCUCUGCAGACUGCAGUGGGAGCAGAUUCUUUGCUGGUUUGUGCUACUCACCUUCCUAGAGCUGCUCCAAAGGCUGCGGAAGCAGCUUGAAGUAGGUAACGCGCCCCUCAGCUUCUUGUUACCCCACCCACUUCUCUUUACCCCCCAGAUUUCAUUCAAUGCCUUAGCCAAGGAUUCCAGCUCCUGUCUCCCCUGCUAAUAAUUGUCCUUGGAGAUGCUAGUACUUUAAUCCAAUCCAGGUAUAGCAGUUUCCCAUUAUAUCCUUGCUUGUCUCUUCCCCACAUUUCCUCCUGACUUCCCAAGGCUCAUGCGGCUUUUGAGGGUCAGCCAAGGACUAGACAAGUGAGCAAACAAUCCUCAGGAAAAGAAGGACCAUUUUAGCUUUUGAACACUGUUCCCUUUUUAGGAGAAAAAUCUAUUCUUGACGGGAGGAUAUUGGGCUCUGUUAAUCAUAUACGAAGAUGGAAAUGAGAGAAUGAUUCCAGGUGUUCAGGCAAGGCUGCAGAUGUUACUACAAACCCCCAAGAUAGGGUGUUCUCAAGACCAUUUAGAACUAGGACUCCUCAGGGCAGGUUUGAGGAAGGCUCAGUCUUCAGAACAGUCCUGCAGUCUUGACAGAAAUCUGAAAUCUCCCAAAACUCCUGCCCUUUAACCUUACCCCAGGAGAAACUGAUCUAUGAAAACUACAUGUGUGAUUAUGAGAAACGUAGUUGAGUGAGGAGGUGAGGGAUUUGGAGAUCAGUGGGCUCUCACCCUAGCUCUAGAAGAAGCAUGAUCUCAGUAGACCAAUAAUUCGCCUUUUUAAUACAUCUGUAAAUAAAUGGAAUGUUUUUAAGAAUAUAAUUAUGUCAGAUUAGCCUUUUGUUUUAUAUAUUAAAUAUAUAUCUUUUUUUUCCUGCUUUUGAAAAAUGACUAUUUUUUUAGAAACCUAAGAACAGAAGAAGAAAUUGGGCAACCAAAAGGCAGAAUGUAUAAAUGUGAAAUAAAUCAAUUUCCAUAAUUCAAGCAGGAUUUGGUGUUGGGAGGUUUGUCCGAGUUGGAGUAGAGCUGCCACUGAUGUAGUUGGAGCCUAGGAAUUCCUAGAAAGUUUCUGACAAGCUGUUUGGUAUAUUUUUGGUGUUUUUAAGCUGUGUAGCGUGUUUUCCAUGGAGACGUCAAAAUUUUGUACAUCUUGAUCGCAAAUAUUUGUCUCAAGAAGUGUUCCACAGUGACGAAAGGUUAGCCUCAUAGGACCAUGUGUGCAAGGCAGUGUUCCUGUUACCUGGGUAAUGACAGGGGUCAUAAACCACAGUCUUAGUGGCGGAGGGCAAUAGAUUUUCUUAAAGCAGGAUAUUUGUUAACUAGCAUCACAAUUUACAAAAAGUUUUAUUGAAGUUCUUUAAACAUUGAGCUACUCUAAUCUACUUAAGGUCACUAACAGAUCAAAUCCAGUUAUACAAACUUCAUACGAAUUGUUCAUUUUAUAACCUUGUAUUAAAUGCAGUAGGUUUAUUCCCCAGAAUUAUGGAUGAAAUAGCUGAUGCUAGGCCUUUCUAUACCAAGUUGCAGACUGGUUCGAACAUAGAAGAAAAGCAGACAGACCAUAUAUUUGGGGAGCAGGAGUUCCGUAGUUAUAGGUAAAUUUUCUAACUAAUGGUUGAGAUAUUUGAAAUGGAACUAGGUGAAUUGAAUUGAGAGGUAAGUGCACUUUGAAGACAGAGCUAAAAAAAUAGUGAUAACGUUUGCCCCUCGCAGAAGUUAAAAACAACAAAAACCAAUGCACAGUGUAGGUAGCACAUUUUUAGGUACUGUUACAGAGAAUGACUGAUAACUAAGAAUCAGAACACGUUUCUUGCACAGAAUUGUCGUUUUGUAAGGGCAUCGAUCUUAACAUGUCGUAUUACCUCUAGUGAAACUACAUGGACACACGAAUGGGUAGAUGCAGAGAAAUUUUAGUCACUGCCAUUUGGAGAAAAAAAAUCAGUCAAAUAAAAAAAUAUUUUUGAGGUUAUGUUAGAGGAAAAUAAUUUGGUAUAUGCAACUUUUAAACUGAAGCAUAACUGUAGUGUAGUAAAUAUUAGUGAAUUACUGCUCUACAAAGGCACAGAAAUGCGUAAUAAUGAUGGAGGCGUGUAUGGAGAGAAAGAAGGCUAAACCGUAGGGUGAGUUGGGAAUUUUGAGACUCAAAUCUAAGCUCUACAAAUUCUUUUAUCGUUGUAAACUCUGUUGUUAGAAGAAAUUUUGUUAAGUAGGUAAGCAGUCUUGGAAGCAUUGUUUUGAGAUGCGUCCUGUUUCUACCUGCAAACAUUGGUCUCACUGUCCCACAGUGCCUUGCAUGUAAGGUGCUCAAUAAAUACUUGGAUUGAUGAGCAAAUGUUCAGCCUGUCAGUUUUCCAGGAUCUUCUACUAAAUACACUUUAUUUGUAUGUUAAUCCUAGGGUGAAUUUUAAAAUCUGAUCCGAUGAGCAUACUACUAAACACAUCUGCAUACAUCUGUUCUCAGAUAUCUAGAAUUUUAGAAUCUGACAAACACCACAUAUACAUGUUUAGGACAUACAAGCAGAAUAGAAAGUGAAAUAGCAUAUGGAUCAUGAAAUAACUGCAUUUUGGAGGAUGGGAUGGCAAGAACUUAAUUCAAGGAAAUAACACCUAUUCACACGGGACUUGGCGACUUAUUUUCUGAGGAAUUAAUGAAGUGUGAAAACAACCUGUUCUCAUAUAGGCACCUCAAAAGCCACGUGAUAUGUAGACAGUAAAGAUUGGACUGAUGCAGAAUAAAAAGUGUGGUUCUGGCACUAAACCAGAAGUCUUUAGAUUCCAGAUUUAAGAAAGCCCCUCAGUACCUUGUUGUCAGUUGUAUUUUACUUAAAUCAUCUUAGAUAAGGGAAGCAGGAGCUUGGAUUCGUCUCUGCAGCUUCAGAUGAGGGUAAUUGGGGGAAUAUUUUCUCAAAGGGUGUAAACCGGCAUAGCUUUGAGCAGGAAAUGAUCAAUGAGACUUUGUACACCCAAUUACCUGGCUUUCAGUGGUUAGGUAAGUGAGAAAACCACUAGUGGGCAUAAAAAUGACCUGGAGAGGAUUAGGUGACUCCUGUGAACACUGUUUUAAAAAAGAUAUUUCAUGGGUGAAGUGGCAGUUACUGAGUUCUGCAGCAUGCAAGUAAAGACACCAUGUGGCACCAUUAGUUCUUCUGUCUUCUACUCCCGUAAGGUAAAAUCAGUCCUACAAGGAGCUGAAGGAACCCACCCCGUAUUUUAUACUGUUGCAGGUAAUGGCUCUUUUCUCCUUUCUCCUGGUGUGAGAAUUUUGAAAAUCCGAUUUUAUAUUCUAUAGCAUACAUUCCAUAACAUCCGCAGUGCAUGGUUGGAGGGAAAGAAGCCUCAUGUCUCUGGUAGCUAUUGCCAUUUGGUCUUCUAGGAGGUGAGAUCUCUGAUCUCUAGGGCAACCUUUGAGCUUGUUUUCAAUACAUGGCUACAGCACACAAGGGCAUGCCUGCUUUGCCCUUGGUUG